UUGUUAUCGAAAUCACAGUUUUUAUUUUAUUUAUUUGUUACAUAAAAAUUCACAAUAUUUUAAAGUGUUAGUGUAUUUUUUAAUGUAAAACAACAAAAUGUUGUACAUAAAAACAAUUAUAAUUUUUAUAAUUUUGAUUGCAUUUAUUAUGCACUUUUCAGAUGCAAGACCUGGUAAAUCAAAUUAUUAUAUUUUUGUCAAAUUAUUCAAAAAGAGGUCGAACAUCGAAAUACAUGAGAAGCCAGCACAGGGAUCCAUAUUCAAAACCAUUGAGAGCUCUUCAUAAUCCACUUUUAUAUAGCGGAGAUAUUAUAAGAUAUCCGAAAAUAGGCUAUUUAAAAAACACAUUCAAUGCCGUCCCAUAUGACUACUGGCUUUGGCCUAACCGUGAGAUACCAUACAUUAUCGACCCAUCGUUAGAUAAACAAAAAUCACUGAUAUUGGAAGCCAUGGAUCAGUUCAGACAACAUACAUGUGUGAGAUUCAGAGAAAGGAAAUCUACUGACACUGAUUACGUUAGGAUAUUCAAAGGAGUUGGUUGUUACGCAUCCAUUGGUAAGGAUGACGAUAACCCUGAGAUCAUAUCUCUAGGAGAGGGCUGUUAUUUUCCCGGUACUAUAGUCCACGAGCUUAUGCAUACAGUAGGAUAUUAUCACGAACAAAAUCGAUCAGAUAGAGAUGAUUUUUUGGUUAUCAAUUGGGAGAAUAUCGACGAACAUUAUAAGGACGAGUUCACCAAAUUGAAGGAAUGGGAGAAUAAAAUACUGACACCAUUUGACUAUAACUCCAUUAUGUUAUACGGACCCCAUUCCUUCAGUAAGGAUGGUAUGUCCACAACAAUGGAACCAAAACAUACCGGGUUUGUCAUGAAAGAGGUCUUCGAUAAGCCGGGACUUACAGCUAUGGACGCAAAGUCUAUUAAUUUGUUAUAUAAAUGUCAAAAUUCAUAAUAUUAGUCACAACU